UUAAUCUGUAAAAUCCAUUCUUCAAAUCGGCAUAUGAAGCAGCCUUGUUUGGUUAAUAUACAGAAUAUCAUAGCAUUUUUGGAACUGCCUGUUCACUUUGAAGAAAAACACAUACUGACAUUACAUUUUUCCGAGGCAAAUUGCUUCUGUAAUAUUAAAUGAAAGACGAAUAAAAUGUGAUUCAGUGUACUUCGAAAAUGAUCUUAAAUCCCUCGCAUGCGUGUGUCCCUGCCACAACAAUCAAGUCCAAUUUGUUUAUGUAGACAGUUCAUAUUGUCAACUUUCUUUCAUGAAUCGUGAUGAGUGCUAUGCAUCAGACUAGAGCUCCCCAUGUGUCUGAAUCCUGUAAUAACAGCGGUUUGGGGCGUGCGCACACUGAGACGGCUGUAGGACGGGGUGGAAGCGAGAUGAGAAUACUAAGUAGGCACCUCAUGGCUCAGCAUCAGCACCGGGCUGAGUUAGGAUUUGCGCACCCUCAAAACUUGGCUUGGGACCUCAGCAUGUGAACGGGCUUUGCAGGAGGAGGAUCCACCUAGGAUGUCAGCUCUGAAGAAGGUGUUGCCAAGCAUACUGAAGAAGCACUGCUGUAUCUUACCAGACAGGAACACAGACCAGCAGUAUUCAUGGUCACCCUCGCAGUACUUCGAUGAGGACAGCUACUCCCCUCCACCCAGGAACAUGAAGGGUCUCUCUGGCGGCCGCCCUGCUCAGCUCCAGCUCACCUCUCCCAUCUCAGCACACACCUGUGGCCUGGCUGAAUGUGACCAUGUACUGGACCAUCACCUCCACCAUGGCAACUCACGACCCCCCUCCUACCUCCUCAGCCCCACAGAAAGCUGCCCCCUUGAGAGUCACCAUCGCUGCUCCCCAAGGAGCUCCAUCCACUCUGAGUGCAUGGUGAUACCGGUGUCCAUGUCGGCCACCGACCACUCCAUCUCUAGUAGCACUUUCCCUCGCAUGCACUACGGCAGUGCUUCGAGGGAAAGCGGUGGCAACACUUCGGGCGGCAGGGACUCCCGAGAAGACGGUGGCUCAUCCUCGCACGGUGGCAGCGGCAAAAUGAAUCGAAUCCCAGCAAACCUUCUGGACCAAUUUGAGAAGCAGAUGCCGCUGCAUCGGGAUGGCUUCCACACGCUGCAAUAUCAACGCACCUCCACCACAACCACGACCACAGAGCAGCGCAAUGAAAGCCCUGGGCGAAUACGCCACUUAGUCCACUCAGUACAGAAGCUUUUCACAAAGUCACACUCUCUAGAAGGUUCCUCCAAGAUGAACGGUACCAAAAGCGACUCCCACCGAGAUAGCGCACAUCACCACCAUCACCACCACCAAGGCCACCACAAACACAGCAAACGCAGCAAGAGCAAAGAACGUAAAUCUGAUGGCAGCAGCAAGCAACGCUCGGGAGGUUGGUGGAGUUCGGAUGAUAACCUGGAUAGUGACAGCACAUACAGAACGCCCAGCGUCAUGUCACGGCAUCCUGUGGACCAUAUCAGCCACUGCUACCCUGACUCAAUGCAUGGCCACCUGGCUGGGGACCUGUCGCUAAAGACCUCCAAGAGUAAUAAUGAUGUAAAGUGCUCAGCCUGCGAGAGCAUAAGCAUGGCACCAGAGGGAAAGUUCAUGAAGAGGAGCUCCUGGUCAACGCUAACGGUCAGCCAAGCCAAGGAGGCUUACAGGAAGUCCUCACUUAACCUGGAGAAGCCCAUGACACCAACUGACCUGAAACCCAACGUCAGGCCCUGCCACUAUCUACAGGUGCCCCAGGACGAUUGGGGGGGUUACCCUGGCGGUGGGAAGGAUGACGAGAUCCCCUGUCGUCGGAUGCGGAGCAGCAGCUACGUUAAAGCCAUGGGGGACGAGGAGAGCGGAGAGUCAGACUCCAGUCCCAAGACAUCGCCUCAAAAGUUGGUGCGGCCUGACGCCCUGGUCAGGGCCAUCAUCAGACCUAGGGACCUGCUGGACUCCCAAAGCUCUUACCGCCUGGAUAAAAUCAACAGUGACAUGCGUAACUACAUCACCAAUUUUGCUGCAGACUUAAGUCAGAGCUAUCACUUGCAAGCCGCCAGGGACAUGCACCCAAGUAUUGCUCUAGAUCCCUCAACCAACUACAACUCUCCCAAGUUUCGCUCCAGGAACCAGAGUUACAUGCGGGCAGUCAGCACUCUCAGUCAGGCCAGCUGUGUUAGCCAAGUGAGCCAGGUGAGUGAAACAGAAGUAAAUGGUCAGUUUGAAUCUGUGUGCGAGUCGGUGUUCAGUGAGGUGGAAUCCCAGGCCAUGGAGGCUUUGGACCUGCCAGGCUGCUUCAGAACCCGGAGUCACAGCUACCUGCGAGCUAUCCAGGCCGGCUACUCCCAAGACGAUGACUGCAUCCCCCCCAUGGCCUCCACUGUCACAUCCACCAUCAGGGCUACCACAGGGAUCCAGUUUUGCCUUCCCUCUACCUGCAGCAAUGACCGGACCCCCCAGCAAACCCCAGCCAUCAACUACACACCCAACUACAAGAAGGCCCCUCCUCCAGUCCCGCCCCGUACCACCUCCAAACCCCUGAUCUCCAUCACGGCCCAGAGCAGCACCGAGUCCACGCAGGAUGCCUAUCAUGAGGGAAGACACUCUCAUGGUGGAAUGUGGGCCCCUGACGGCAUCAGCCUGGGGCUAAACCCAGGCAGGGGCCUCUACAACUCCACGGACAGCCUGGACAGCACCAAGGCUGUGACCAUAGCUAUGGAGGCGGCCGGAGUCAUGGCUGGAAAAAGACACCCGUCCACAGACAGCCACAGCUCGGUGCUCACCUGCGACAAGGCCAUCCUGGUGUCCAAGGCUGAGGAGUACUUGAAGACACCUCGAUCCUCUAUAGGGAUACAGGUGGAAGCGGCCACGGACUCUGAAUCUGAAAGCAAAGGUUCCCGGGAGUACCACUCUGUGGGGAUCCAGGUGGAGGACAACAAGAAAGGACAGGGCAGGUUCAAACGCUCCAACAGUGUAACUGCAGCUGUGCAGGCUGACAUGGAGCUGGAGGGCUUCCCUACCAUGGAGGACAAGGGCCUGCAGUUCGGUGGGGGCUUCCAGCGUCACUCAGAGCCCAGCACGCCCACCCAGUACGGGGCAGUUCGAACAGUACGUACCCAGGGGCUCUUCAGCUAUCGCGAGGAUUACCGUACCCCUGCAGAACCCCCCAGCCCCAGGGAGACCACCAGUGAGACCCCCUGGCAGCUGGAACCCCCCUCCCCACGGGAGAUCACGGCCACGUCGGGGGAGUCUGGCAGGGCAUCCCCCUCUCUGAGGAGGGAUGGGAGCUGGUUCAUGCAACUGCUUCACACAGAGACCAAGAGGAUUGAAGGCUGGUGUAAGGAGAUGGAGGCAGAAGCUGAAGAGAAUGACCUGUCAGAGGACAUCCUAGGUAAAAUCCGAAGUGCAGUAGGAAGCGCUCAGCUGCUCAUGUCUCAGAAAUUCCAGCAGUUCUACUGGCUGUGUCAGCAGAACCUGGACCCCAGUGCCAUGCCGCGGCCCACCUCUCAGGACCUGGCUGGGUUCUGGGACCUACUGCAGCUCUCCAUCGAUGACGUCACCAUGAAGUUUGACCAGCUGCAGCAGAUCAAGAACAACAACUGGAGGCCAGUAGAAAGCCCAGAGAAAAAGCCUCCGACCCCUGUACCAAAGAAGACAGUUCGACAGAGGAGCAUGGUGACGAGAGAGAAAUCCCUAGACCUACCAGACAGGGGGCGGCAGGAGGCCCGUCGGCGGCUAAUGGCAGCCAAGCGGGCAGCCUCCUUCCGGCAGAACUCAGCCUCGGAGCGAGCUGACAGCAUCGAGAUCUAUAUUCCCGAGGCUCAGACUAGACUUUGAGAAGAUAGGGUCUGGGGCCAACAAGUCUCCCUGCUCCCACGUUCAAACAACUUUAAAACUAGCCUUUUUUCUAGACUGCUACUCUCUCUACUCUUCCUUUAUUCAUCUGUUGUCUGAUCUCAAUAGCCAUCCUCAGUGCCCAUCGCCAACACCAUUGGUCUGUAGGAUGUGCCAAGCCUCUUCUCCCAUUGCCAGAAUAAGUGUUAGCAGAAAUGUAUGUCUGACAUGGGUUGAUUGGGGUUUUCCUUGGUUUGCUGGUGAUCAUUAUACCCAGCCUACAAGCUCUCUCUCAUCCAAUGUCCUGGAUGGGUACGUCUGUAGUUUUUCAGCAUUUGCAAAGUGCCAUUUAAAAAGUGCAGCUUUGAAAACCUACCAGCAACCAGGCCUUUGAGCUAAAAAGAGAGAAAUUCUGUUUAUUUCUAGUUGUUCAUAUAUGGUCAAAGUUAAUAAUAAUCUUUCAGUAUUUUACAAUAAUUUAAGGUUACAUUAUGACUCUUUUUGUUUCUCUGGUCUUUUUUGGGGUAAAUGUUAAUUACAAGCUAAAUAUCACAAAAUUGUUUAAGUUAAAAAACUUUUGAAAAGUGCCAAUGCUUGAAAUACCUCAACUAUGUGCAUGUGGCACUGAUCACCCAUUCAAGAUUAUUCAGGCAGCCCUUAUAAGCUCUGGACUGGUCGGUGGUGAAGAAAUGCAGUUUUCUACUCAAUCUUGUUGUAGUCAAUUGUUUUUCUUGCGUCUGGAUUGGUGGAAGAAUGACAUUUGUCAGCUCAUUAACAUGCACAUGUCAAAUAACUUUCCUACAUUAUAUCUUAUGUUCCUGUUGCCAACUUUCCAAUAUUGACAUUUACUUGAAGCUGAAAACAUGCAAGUCUUGUGCCAACAUUUUCACCAUGUUAAUGCAGUAGAAAGUACUAUGAAGGUUUAUGUAACUCCUUAGAUCAAAAUGUGUAGACAAAUGCACUUAUGCACUUAAUACAAUUCUCUCUAUUUCCAAGGGAAAUGUACAUACCCAAGUUCACAAUAGUACUGUUGUAUUUUUGAAUUGUGGGCGGGAAGAAUAUUCAUUGUGUAUAUAUUUCUCCCUCAUGUUAUUGCCUGUCCUCUCUAUUGCUAUUGACAAAUCUAGAUUUGUUGCAUACAUACAGUGGCUUGAUCACACACACACACAACAAAACCAUACUGCUGGGGUUUUAAUUCAGCAGUGAAUAAACUUCUCUCAGGCCCUUUCAAGUAGCGCCCUCAGCCACAGUUAAUGAGGAGUUAUAGAAAAACUGCCAAGACAUAAACAAAAUUUCUGCAUACUAGUUUCAUUAAUCCAAGAAAUGAUUAGUAAUCUUCACAUUUCUUGAAAAGUUAUGUGUUGUUCAAAGUCUCUUACUGCAUUCACUCCCUUUAGGAAAGGCUGGGAAAUAAUUAAACAAAAGUGGGGCAAAUGCAUUCCAGAGGGAUGCAAGCAGCAAGUCCCACAUAACUACACUUUGCAAGUCUGUUGAAAGGUAGUCUCACUUUGUCAGACCUUCCUCUACAGCGCUGAGGAGGAGGGCCUGGCUAGACCCCGCAGCAUUCUGGGAUGGGAGAAAAACAAGCUCUGGUUUAUUGGCAUUUCUUUAAACCAAUCACAAUCAUUAUGGGCGGUGCCAAGCGCCGGACAGAGCCCCGGUGCCACUGCAAAAUAGCCUCAGGAAGAAACUUGUUUUGGUGGAACAUGUAUGUGUUCAAAAGUUGUGUUAGUCUUGCAACAGAAAUGUCAGAUUGGACAGAUAGUCUGGCUGUCUGGAUUUACCCUGCAGAGAUCUAAGGAGCAGUUAGCCAUAGUCCUUGGAGUUUAAAACACAAAGAAAGCAGAAGGUAAAAAAUAUACAGGCGAAAAGAGCAACAUCCAACUGAAUUUUUGGCGGCACCAGAGCAAUUUCGGAAGUGGAACGUCGUAGAUAUCAAGUAGUUGAAAGAAAAUACAUGAGAAAUAAGAUAAUAACUCUCUGUGGCUUUGCAGGCCAUUGUGUGAUGGUUUUUAGCUAGAUAUUAAUAUUUGCCUUUGAUUCCCAUCACCAUGUUGAGAUGUACCAAUUGCACCAGCUCUUCAUCAGUUUAGCUUUCUUAUAACACAGGUGUUUAUUAAUGCUAAUUGGAGAGUUCCACAUUGCAUUAAAAUGGGUCGACCACUCAAACAUAUUCUGCAGAUUACUUAUUAAAUACUUAGACAUGCCACCAGCCAGGGGUUACUGUUACCUAGCUAACUGACAAAAAAUAAUGUUAGCUUGCUCCGAGGAGAUUGAGGAGUUCAUAUGAAAUAUGAUUGACAUAUCUGACCUGACACUGGAUCAAAUUGUCUUUAAAUAAUGACGUAACCUGUAAAGAUUUGAAUUAAAUUUUGUGAAAAUAACACAACACACCUCAAUUGUAUAAAGGUAUGCUAAUAAUGUAGCGUAAUCAGAUAUUUCCAGCUCUUUUGAAACUGCACGAAUACUGCUAACUGUGAAAUGCAUAUUUCUUAUUUGAAUUACUUAAUGCUAGCACAAGAAAAACAAGUUUUUGUGGUGCAACCCCCUUUAGGCAAUCACUUGUUUGAAAUUAGAUAGUAAGAACUUAAGAAGGACUUCACACACAAACUUAGCGAUAGAUUCACGAAUAGCUGGUGCAACCGAAUCAUGGUACUUGAUGUGAAAGUGGAAAACGUUAUGGGGCCUUGGAUAAGAGUCUCUAGUGUUUAUCAAAUUUACUUCCAGAUAAUUAUAAGUUAAAUUCUCAUGGAGAUAAACUAAUCUUGAGCAAAAGCUAAAAUUCUGCUGCUUUUUAUUAUCAGUCGUGCCAGAAACGUCUUAAUUUUGUUACCAAUGUUAUAUUCAAAUCACUGAUUUAAAAAAAUGAAAUCUAUUGGGAAAAAGUUGGAUGAUAAACCAACUAAAUGGUGCUGCUUUUUAUUUAAUAAAUACAGUACUAGAUAAACAAUCAAUGCGCUGUCACAAACAAUCAAUGCAACACAAUGUGCGGUCAGCUGAUCAAUACAUCACAUAAAAAUCUAUUUUUAUGACUUUUUGGUUGAGUGAUUGUCUCUGUGGGUUGGACCAGAGAGAUUUAUCAUAUGACAACACAUUUCUUUGGAUUUGAAUAUGUUGUGUGUGUUUUGUUAAUAUGUGUGUGUGUGUGUGUUUGUCUUGUUUUUGUAGCGAAGUGCUGACCCAUUCAGAAAAGAGAGGGUGGAUCUGAGGUCAGUGUGGCCAGAUUUCCCUAUCACAAUCCUGUGGCCUGACCUGCAUGUCUCUCACACACACCCAGUACUCAUUGUCCCUAAGUUAUUAGCACUCUGUUGAAAAAUAAUUUGGAUACCAUGUCAUAGUAUAUAAUUUACUUUUUUGUGCUAUAGAUUGUAUUUUUGAUUCUUAUUGAAUUUAGACUCACAACCCAUUAUGACUCCAAGUACAGAUGUGUUUUCCUAGUUUCCAGUUUCAAACCAACCUUUCACGGUAUUAUAAUGCAUCAAGCACUGUUUAGUUGUCAUAAAUUAUUGUAGCAGAGCUCAGACAAUACAUUUCAUUGAGCUAAGAAGUGUUUUCAGUCCUACAAAUGAAAAAAGUAACCAAAGUCAGCGGUAGAGUGACAGUGUUUUAAACAUGCAGUGCAAUACUUCAGCGAAGAUUAAAGAAUGGGCUUUUAAAAACCCAAGGCUGACAUUACACAUCUUCCUUGAAUAUACACCCAUCUAUAGUUUUGCAGUUUUUUUCAUUGCAGGGGUAGGGACCUUUAACAGUAUGACAGUGGGUCUCUGGAAAGCAUCUGGGUGUGUGAUUCCAGGCGAUUGGCAGAGCAGAGACGUUCCCCUGCUGUUGCCACAGUGGCAGGCAGACGGGACAGAGACAGACCCGGCCUGACAUAUGCUGGCUUAGAGGAGACGAGAGCUCCGCAUUGAGCCCCAAACUGCUGGUGUUGUAUACUGUUGUGAAGCUGGAAGGCUGUUCUGUGAGGAUCGCUAGGCACUGUGCUGGGUAUUUUUCAGCCUGCCUUUGACUAAGCAAAGCAGCUUAUGUAAGAUUUCAGGUCCUUGGUGAGAUCAAGUAAAUAGCCUCCAAGGCCCUUCAAAGCUUGCGUUGAUAAAUGUAUCGCUGAAUAGUGGCCUACGCUGUAGAACAUAAGUAUCAGCACUACACAUAUUUCUAUCAAUCUGUGCUCGAAUAGUUUUCACUGAAGGCUGUCUAUUGAAACACCAGAGGAGUUUAUGCAAAUUUAACAGGGCUGUGAAAUAAAUUAAGUGUAUCCACACUCUUGGUUCAGUUUAAAGGAAAUGUCUUGGUCCUCUGAAAAGCAUCCAACAUAGUUGCAAUGAGACAAAACCAUUUUUGAAACCAUGAAACAGACUUUAGUCAAUUUACAGUUAGAGGAAAAAAGUGGGCUUGUAGAAAGCAUACAUUUAGUUUGAGAACUUAAAUUAUCACCUUAUUACUCCUGAGACUCCUUUGGUCAUUUUCAAAACUAUGAACAAAUCUCUCUGCUGUAAUGGCUGGGUUGAGUUUAUCUCAUACUGAAAGUCAUUUAUCAUCUAUGAAAGUUUUUUUACCCUCCUUUUCAUCCAAAUAGGUAUAAUAGUAGGUACAUAUAGGUACGACUUCUAUAAAGGGCCUCCUGUUACGAAGUGAUCUUGUUUUUCCUUAUUUCAGUUGGUGUUUUACGUUGGAUCUCUUUGGUUGUGUGGGUUGCAUGUGAUACUGUGAACACUGGAGGAUUCAAUGGUGAUUGUGAUUCAAAUGUAGUGAAAUUAUGGUUAUGUAACAGCUAGUCACCCACCAAAAUCUUGUAAAAACCCCAAGGGCAAAAAAGUGCACCAGUGUCACAUUAAAUGUCAACGAGGGCAGCAAUUAAGUACAAGUGCCAUCUUUUCUGACUUGUUCAGCAUACUGUAAAAUCAUUACUCUACACGUUUUCCUUCAUCAAUUUUAUGUAAGCAAAUCAUUCCUGCCAUCACCUUCCUUUCAACAUUUUCAAUCAAUCACAUAUUUCUAUCAUUUUAGCUCGUAUCUCGACAUCUGUGGCUUUACUUCUGGUACGAGUGUCUACUGUCUGCUUUUAAUUCUGGAACCCUUGAUGUGGAACAUUUCAAGGAGACUUUUCAUGCCGUGGAAAGAGCAUCAGACUUAGAUAGGCUGAUACAACACUUCCUGGAAAAUGGAAUGUGAAACCACUCUGUAAUUUAAAUGAAAAAGGUAGACGUUUAGCUAAAACUAUUUUCAUCUCUUGUAUAUCAUAUCUAUAGUGAGGAUGAAUAUAAUGCCAAAUAUUCAUUAUUUGUAAAGAAAUAUAUAUAUAUAGAUAUAUAAAUAUAUAAUAUAUGCUUCAUUGAAACAACUAUUUUCUGCAUUUGCUUAUGUUUUAUUGUCAUUUUUACUUUGUUACGGUUAUUUUAUAAGCUGAUAUGAUGGCAUGCGAAAUACUGAUUGAAUGUAGGCUUAUUUAUAAUUUUGUUUUUAUGACACUGUCCCACUGAUAUGUUAUGUAUUUAAUUUAAGUCAAUUGCAUUUCUCAAUGUGUGCUAUUUCAGUGCAAGUUAACGUAUCAUUGGGUUAUUUAUGUAUUAUUUGAGUAGUUUGCGAGAACGUUUCCUUCCAUUCUUUCAUAGCUGAGCUAUUGAAAGAUGUUUGCCUCUUUGAGUAGUUUGGUCAUUGCUGAGGUCAUCCAGUGUAAAUAAUUCUGCAAUUAAAUUUUCGAAGAAAAAGUUUGGAAA